UACGUAAGUGGGAGGACUCCAAUAAAAAUUCCAUGUAUAGGGUAUGCUUUUCCUCGUUUCCAUGUCUUCGUUGCUGCUUCGGCUUCGCGUGCUACGGGGUGAAGUAGAGUUUUGAGAGAGUCGCUGAAGGAAGCUGUUUGGCCUCCUUCGACAACGUCGUUCCUGUCGGAUCGGAAGUCACGACGGGAGCUUGCCGCCUAGGUAUUUUUGGCAUGGAUAUUCCUAUUCCCCAGGAUAAGUUGGUCCUGGGGCAUCCCGAAGAAGCUAGUUCCUCCUUAACUCUAAAUAAGAAUUCCAACUUUGUUGUUCUGGUAUCUCCCGGAAGCUUCAAUCCUCCAACAUACAUGCACAUGCGCAUGUUUGAGCUUGCAAGGGACGCAUUAAACUUACUUGGAUAUUGUGUUAUUGGAGGCUAUAUGUCACCAGUGAAUGAUGCGUAUAAGAAAAAGGUACCUUACAUUCCAUGUGAGUUAGCAUCCUCAUCUGUAUAUAUUUCUAACAAUGUUUGUUUUACUUUGUUUAGCUUGUAAGUAUUUGUUUUAUAUUAUAUUAUUUAGUUUUGUUUGUGGGUCUAUAGUCGAGGUAUGUAGACGAUUCAGUGAUGCACUAUUUUGAAUUUUAUUAGUGACCUUGUAAGUAUUUGUUUGAUAUAAUUAGAGUUAUUAGAUGCUUCUGUUUAUGUAGCAAAUGUAAUGUUAGUGGAUGUUUUAUAUAAACAUUUAGAUGAUGAAAAGUAUCAUAUGUUAGGAAUGAAAAUGUUAUUUU